GGAGCACACAGUACCUGGACGAACUGGCUCCAAUUCUUCGAUUCUUCGCGAGGUGCUUAGAGACGCUCAGUUUCCUUACACUCUCACCGAGGUCUAGCCCACCAGAUACGAUCCGGGACUGGGUGGCCUGAGCAGCCCGGGAACCAAGGUGACAUCUGUGUGUCUUUCCUGUCUGAAGGCCGGAAUAUUUUAUCAAACUCAGCGACUAGUUCCUUUUAAAGGUCAGCAUGGAGACACAUCCCUCCUUAGAGGUGGAACUGUCUUACCCAGACUUGAUCAUCUAUGUAGGAGAAGUGACUCUUGGAGAAAAAGAUCGAAAUAAAAUGGACUCAAAGAAGAGAAGGCUGGAGAAGACAAGAAUUACAGAGGCUGCUUGUGCUCUGUUAAACUCCGGAGGAGGAGUGAUUGCUAUGCAAAUGGCCAGCAAGAGUGAGCAUCCUGUGGAGAUAGGACUGGACUUGGAACAGUCUUUGAGGGAGCUUAUUCGGCCCUCUGAUUUGCAGGCUUUCUUUGAGACCAAGCAACAAGAGGACCAGUUUUACAUUUUUGUUAAAUCUUGGAGCUGCAGCCCUGAAGAUGGUUCCACUAACCCUCGAAUUUGCAGCCUGGCCUCUUCCCUGUCCUGUAGAUCUUUUACUUCUGUGGUUGCCAUGGAUUCAAGAAAAGCAUUUAACUUUCUGAAGGACAAGAAGAGGUGUGUCAAAUGCAGUCCUACUGAUGACAGAGCUCCACCUGUUAAAAUUCCCAGAGCCGAGAGUCAGAACAGCCUUGAAUCAAAUCCUGCUUUUGAAAUUUUUCAAAGGAAGAAACUCGAAUAUGGCCAACGCUUGCUUUUUUCUGAAUCCACAUUUAUAGAGUUUAAACAAUUCUCUACCAACCAUGUUCAAGAAUAUAUAAAAAAUAUAAUUCCAGAGUACAUCUCCGCAUUUGCAAACACCGAGGGAGGCUAUCUUUUCAUUGGAGUAGAUGAUAAGAGUAAGACAGUCCUGGGAUGCCCAAAAGACAACGUUGACCGUGACUCUUUGAAAACAGUGGCAAAUAAAGCAAUAUCCAAGUUGCCAGUUUUCCAUUUUUGUUCAUCUAAAGACAAGGUGUCUUAUGAGACCAGAGUCAUAGAUGUGUUUAAAGAGGGAAGUUUGUAUAGUUAUCUCUGUGUGAUCAAAGUAGAGAAGUUCUGCUGUGUGGUGUUCUCAGAGGCCCCCGUUUCAUGGAUGGUAGACAAGGAGAAAGGUGUCUACAGCUUGAAGACCGAGGAAUGGGUACGCAUGAUGGUGGAUGUUGGCCCAGAGGCAGCUUUCAAUGAGCAAUCUUCCCUCAAUGACCUAUCUAAAGAUUUUGAAUGUCAGCUGAGUCUAUCCAACAGCCCUCCACGCUGCAGACCAGUGUAUUCUAAAAAAGGAUUGGAACAUAAAGUUGACCUGCAGGAGCGAUUAUUUCAAGUGUCACCAGACUGCUUAAAGUACACUCCUGAAUCGCUCUGGAGGGAGCUGUGUUCUCAGCAUGAGAAACUAGAGAAUUUAGUAAACCAGCAAAUGUGUUCUUUCUCCUGUGGUCUGCUGAUCCUCUCUAGAAGCUGGGCUGUGGACCUAAACUUGAAAGGGAAGCAGGGCGUCAUCUGUGAUGCUCUGCUGAUUGCAGAGAAUAGCCCCCCGACACUCUACACCAUCGUUGGGAAGCAGGAUGAGCAAGGUCAGGACUACUGCACCCGCACUGCCUUUACUCUGAAGCAGAAGCUGGUGAACACUGGGGGCUACACUGGGAGAGUGUGUGUCAUGACCAAGGUCCUCUGCCUGAGUUCUCAGAACAAUACUGAGACCAAUGGGGGAUCAGUCUCUCCUAUUGAUUACCCACGCUCCUAUAACCUUGCAAACAUCCAGGAAAUGCAGGCCUUGCUUCAGGCCCUUGUGAUUGUCUUGCUCAACUUCAGGUCUUUCUUGAGUGACCAGCUUGGCUGUGAAAUUUUGAAUCUUCUCACAGCCCAACAGUAUGAGAUACUCUCAAAAAGUCUCCACAAAACCAGAGAGCUGUUUGUGCAUGGCUUGCCAGGCUCAGGGAAGACGAUCAUGGCCAUGAAAGUCAUGGAAAAGAUCAGAAACACAUUCCAUUGUGAAACAGAUAGCAUUCUCUACAUCUGUGAAAAUCAGCCAUUGAGGGACUUCAUCCGGGCAAAAACUAUCUGCCAAUCAGUGACCCGGAAAACCUUCAUGAAAACUAACUUUGAGACUGAGAGGAUACAACACAUCAUUAUUGAUGAAGCCCAGAAUUUCCGCACUGAGAAUGGUAACUGGUAUAAGAAGGCAAAAAGGAUCACUAGGAGAGUGAAAAAUUGUCCUGGAAUUCUCUGGCUCUUUCUGGACUAUUUUCAAACCAGUCACUUGCAGGAGAGUGGCCUCCCAGAUUUCUCACACCAGUUUCCAAAGGAAGAGCUCACACAAGUGGUACGCAAUGCAGAUAAAAUAGCUGAGUUCCUACAACAAGAAUUGCAGGAAAUCAGAGAUAACCCUCCAUACAGCAUCCCUCCAGAGUCCCUAAAUAUGCUCCAUGAAUUUAACUGGUCCCAAGGUGUAUCAGGCACCUGUGAGCUUAUAUACUUGAGUUUGGGAAAGAUGGUGAGCUAUGUAGCAGAUAAGUGUGAUUUUUUCUUGAGUAAUGGCUAUUCUCCCCAAGAUAUUGCAGUGCUUUUCAGCACAGACAAUGACAAGAAAGCCUAUGAGCUUACGUUCCUGAGAGAAAUAAGGAAGAGGAGAGUGUCUCAGAGGAAUGUUGCCUCUGUCUGUCUUUCUAACAUGUUUGACAGCAUCCGUCGAUUCUCAGGCCUGGAAAGAAGCAUUGUGUUUGGUAUUAAUCCCCGUGCAACUGAGCAGCCCAUUUUCCACAACCUAUUGCUCUGCCUAGCUUCCAGAGCGAGGAAACAUCUGUAUAUUCUGAAGUCUCCUACCCUUUCAACUCCUGAGGGGCAUAGCUCAACAGUUGCAUGUUUGAAUGAGAUGUAUGAGGUCAUAGGUUCAAUCACUGAUGAUGAGAUAGUAAAACCUAGUUGAGGUCCUUCAGGACAAGAAGAAAGAUAAAGAUACAACAAAGCCUUGUUCCAUAGUUGUGGAAAAUGUAGAAAAAAUUAACAGUGGAUAUUGUAGCUAACUAAGACUGAAAAGAGAGUUGGGGAGAUGGCUGGCAAGACAAUGUACACAUGACAUAUGCUAUGGGAAUAUUGAGACUGCAAUGAAGACAACACAAUACAGUAAGUCAUAUCUGAUUAUUACAACAGACUUCCAUUUUAAAUUGGAAAAUACAUUUAUUAAAAUAUUCUAUAAAGAUAAAUAAAAGACACUAAAAAUGCAAUACUAAGUAGUACUGGAUAGUCC